AUGCGUUUGGACAAUCGAGCAGCAAAGAAACAGCGUCGCGCACCUCGAUAUGCCGCAAUACCGCGGCCUUUAAGAAGAGCGGGCGGGCGAGCGAGCGGAAUCCAGGCAAGUAGCAAAUCCAAUCCUUGCGUUCAACCCCAUCCGAUCCGAAUUCCACCGAUCUCGCCGAAGGAAAUUUGGAAGCUAUGUUCUGCAUCACUAGUUGAGUUGUCAUUUAGGCAUGAUUUUGAUGGAUGGAUGCUGCUUCAAAAGACACCUGCUUUUAGCUUUCAUGGGAGCAGCUGUUGUUUGGGACUCCUAGGUGAUGUCGGAUCAAGUUUAGAAAGGACACUGAAGUCACCCUUCAAAAGGGAUCAGCCUUCAAGAGGUUGGAGAGGGCAAUGCUCAUCAAACCCUAUAGAUAUGGAGAAUAAUGUCAACAGCCUUAGCUUGCUUGAUACACACCUACCUUCAAGUCCCAUAUCUGUUUGUGAGGACACAAAAGUUGCAGUUGAGAAUACAAAAAAUGACUCCUUUGUUAACCAAGGCACUAUAGCUUGGAAUGAGAUGAGACGAGAAUGGUUAGGAGACAAUUCAAACAAAUGCCGCAAAAUACCAAGUGAACCAUCAAUAACCUGGUUCUCAACAUACGAUGACUUGCUAUCCACUAGUCGACCCUUCCCACAGGCAAUUCCAUUAUCUGAAAUGGUUGAUUUUUUAGUUGACAUUUGGCAUGAUGAAGGUCUCUAUGACUAGCUGAUGAUUUAAUAUCUUCAGAAGCAAGGAAGAUUAUCUCACAUAACAACCAAAUUUGCCUUGAUAUAUUUGAAGAUUUUAUGUAAUUAUUUUAAUCUAUUUGGAUUCUAAGAUUCUGUUUUAAUGAUCAUUUUCUUGUACAAAAUUUGCUCA